AAUGUCAAUCUUUUGCCAAAACUAAUCUAUUCAAUAUUUUCCGAUUUUAAUUCAGUGUUCUAAAAAUAAAAUGGAUGACCCCACAUUAAAUUCAGGUAAUGAUUGUAAGAAAAGAUCCUUUGACGAUACUGAAGAUUCAUAUCAACCUCCAAAGCGUUCUAAUAGGAAAAGGGGCCAUUUGCAUUUAAAAAUUCUUAUUCACACAAAUACAGCUGGUGCCAUUAUUGGGAAAUCAGGGGACACUGUCUCAUCUAUACAAAAGCAAACGAAUACAAAAAUUAAAAUGUCUAAAAAUAAAGAAUAUUUCCCUGGCACACAAGAAAGGGUUUGUUUGAUAUCUGGUGAUAGAGAAGGCAUAUUAGGUGCAUUUGAUAUAAUGCUUCAUAAAAUAUCUGAAGAGAAAAAGGCUCCUGAAGAACAAGUUAGAGUACUUGUGCCAAAUACAUUAGCUGGAAUGAUAAUUGGGAAAAAUGGAACAAAUAUUAACCUAAUCAAAAAAGAAUCAAAAGCUCACAUAGAAAUAUCGCAUAGAACUGGCAAUGAUGGCAAAUCACAUGAUUCAAUUGAAAGAAUACUGACAAUUAGUGGAAAUCAGGAUCAAAUGGAAAAAGCAUUAGGCUUUGUGUUAGAUAAAAUGGAGGAUGAUUCUUCUAAUUCUAUUCCAUUGUUAAACUUAAAAUAUGACAAUACAUUUUCAAAGAAAAAUACAUCAAAUAAUGGUAAUUCAUUGAUGGGUAAUGCACCCUCAAACAAUAACUUGAUGGUGAUGAGUGCUUUACUUAAUCAGAAUAAACAACCAUUAUUGAAUAUAAACCUAGUUUCAAAUAUGAAUACGCCUAUGAUAAACAAUUUACUUAAUACUUUUUCUCAAAUAGGAUUUGAUAAAAUUUCAUUAAGGGAAAUAGAAUUAGCUUUGCAAACUUUACAUAAACAUGGACUUUUAGCCAUAAUUGCUUCUGGGAUACUAAAUUUAGUUUCAAAAGAAUUACAAAACACUAACAUUAAUAAUAAUAAAGUUUCUGUGUUAACUUCUUUGUUAAAUUUAUUAAAUAAUGCUACAAACAAUUCUAAUAAUUUGAAUAUGGAGAAUGACAUCCCUUCUAAUAUGAUUAAUGAUUUUUCAAAAUUUAUUUAUUCUAACCAAAAUGAACACCAGAGUAAUGCUAAUUCAUUAAAUGGUGGGUUAUUAUCUUCUACAAAAUCGAAUACACAUUCAUUUAUAGAUUCCUUUUCAUAUGGAGGAAACCCUUAAUCUCAAAGAACUUGAAUAUUGCUUCAAAUGAUUAAAUUGAAGAAACGAAAAUUGAUUUCCUCACAGAGAGACAACAACUGAAUUGAUACUUCAAGAAUCAGCAUCAGAAAGAAUUCAUCAGGCCCGAUUAAAUAUUAAUCAAUGACAAUGGAAAAAUAAAAUUUAUAUAUUGUUUCAAUUUUAACAUUAGAAAGAAAAUAUUUGUAAAAUGGUAUUUAUAUUUUGAAU